AGUGUAUGAGAGGAGCUCGGCUGCGCACGACAGACAAGCUGUCUUCACAAACAAGAGUUCCAGAGAGUGAAUGUGAAUGGCUUUAACAGAAAAAAACCUUGAGCUAGCCAGGCUGCUGCAUAAGGAAUGUACAGAGUUACUGAAGUUAUACACUGCCCGAGAAUCCCUGCAGUCUAACCCUGUAUCCCACCCGCAGCUGGUCUGCAUCCCUUCGUUAACACAACUCUCCCCCCCUGACAAACUCUCCUACCUGAACGCGGCUCUGCGAGCGUGUCUCUCUCAGCUGGACCUGGCCAUAACCCGCGAGGAUGACAUAUUCCCCAACACACCUGAGGAUAAGUACAGAAAACAAAGAACAACUGUUAGAGAGCGACUGAACUUCCUGGUGUUAAGCACAGAUCGGCUUCUGGAGGAGGGAAAGAGCUUUGAUGCUCAGACGAAGGACUUUGUGGACAGUGGGUUGUUUGCUCUGAAGCAGUGGAUCCUGCAGGUCCUGCAGGAUCUUGUUCACUGGUCAAACAAGACAGCUGAAACUCUCCAGACCCUGCCUGCCGCCAAGGCCCAGAAACAAGUGAGAACAAGAAGAGCAACAGGAAAGAGGAACAAGACAGCUGAAACUCUGGAGCCCUCACCUGCUGGCAAGGCCAAGAAACCAAUGAAAAUAAGAACAACAACAAGAAAUAAAAAGGCAUGAAGUCUACUGAAAUAAACAUCUGUCAAGUACAGCUGAAACCCUCCAGGCCUCACCUGCUGCCAAAGUCAAGAAACCAACGAGAACAACAAAAACAACAACAACAACAACAACAACAAGAAAGAAGAAGAAGGCAUGAAGUCUACCCAAAAUUACCAAGUGUGUGUAUGAGAGAGGAGGGGGAUUUUUAUUGAACUAUAAAUAGUAAAGUAAUACAAAAUUUAACAGACCACAAGUGCUAACCCAUAAAACUAGUAACAAUGAUAAGAAAGAUUUAUUUUACUUUAGUGAGCCACAAUGAGCUUUAAUUUUACUAGUUUGUCGCCAUCUACAGGAUAAAAUACAUUAUAACAUUUAAUUUAAAAUAAUUUGCUGAAAUAAAUCAAUAAAAUACAGUAUUAACUGUAUUAGCUUAAAAGCAUCUAAAAAUAUUUUGAAAUAUCAACAGUCUUUUAAGGAUUUUCCCAUUUUGGGAUGUUCCAUUUCCCAUGUCUGUGUAUGAUAAAAAAUCUAUUCAAGUUUUUAAUUUGGGAACGCAAAAAGGUACUUAAUAUACGCAAGACCAUUGUUGAUAGGCAACUGGGCGACAUGGACCUACAGUAGCUUAUAACUGCGGUUAGCUAGAUUGCUCAACGUACAAAUAUUUUUUUAUUUUACAGAUAUUUUAAAGCUGCAGUGAGUGUGGAAACAAGACAGAAUUAUCAGAAACAUUAACAUUUACGUCAACAUGUGUUGAUAAAUUACUUAUAAAAUAAUUCCUACAUCUAGAAUUACACUUUGAUUCCACUUAGUACUGAGUGGUAUCAGAAUCAGCCAUGUGGAAAAGCAUCUUGAUUUGGAAAUUAGGGAGUGUGGAACUCAGCAGUCAGAGUCAUCUAAAGUGCCUAGAAAACAAAAUAUUUUAGGAAAUCUGAAAGAAUUAGCUUAUCUAAAUAGGAACACUUUUACAUCUCUGUGAUUUUUAUUUACAUGUUGUACUUGAAAGCCUGCAAUGUGUGCAAUCUUUAACAUUGUUCCUAUACUGUUAUUGAAAUCGUAACACCUUUUACCUAAAUAGCAUUAUUGUGAUACCCCCCCCCCCCCCCAUGACAUUAUUUAUUUAUUUUUUUAAUUAAAAUUUGUUUUUACUAGUAUACUCAAUGUUUUUAACUAGUACUAUCAAAACACACAAAGUCACAUACACUGCCUGGCCAAAAAAAAAAAAGGUCGCUAUUUUAGAAGGGUCAAAUUAUUGGGCUGCAUCUACUGGAACAAAAAACAGAGCUUUGUUUAAUAGUGAAAGUAAGAGCAUUUUGAUAAACACAAUGUACAGUAAUGGGAACUCACAGGAAAACUACUGGUUAGUGAUUGUCAUCAGAAGUCUUAAAUUUGCUAGGGAACAUAGAAAGAAUUUUGGAGCAAUGGGAAAAGGUUGUGUGAUCUGAUGAGUUCAGCCCUGUUCCAGAGUAGUGGGUGUGUCGGGGUAGGAAGGGAAGCACAUGAAGCAAUGCUCCCAUCAUGCAUAGUGGCCAGUGUACAAGCCUUUGGAGGCAGCGUUAUGAUCUGGUGUAGGUCAGUAGGUCAAGUCCAGGCUCAGCAACGUUAUGCGGCAAAAAAGUAAAAUCAGCUAAUGUACUGAAUGUCCAGGUUAUCACAUACACUAUUUAGAGUUGUUUUUUUUUCUGAUUCCCAUAUUCCAGGACACUCCUCCAAAUAAAUUCCAGAUUGUGAACUAGUGGUUCUGGAAGCAUGGAGAAUCAUUUUUACACAUGAAAUGUACACACCAAUGUGGGCUGUAGGUUAUUAAAUGCAAUCGUAGAGUAUGCUAGGUUGUAUUUUUUUGUUUUGUUUUUUUGGCCAGGCAGUGCAGAACUUAAUGCAGCAUUGGUUUUAAAAGUGGAAAGUCAGAAUGAUGUUGUGUUUUUAAGUUUGUGCUAUAAAGUGCAAAAUAACAUGGAUGCAUGUCAAGGCAUGUUUAUUUUUUAGCAAAAAUCUAGUUAGCCUACUGUAAUGAGUGAGGUCUAUUUACCUUCUCAAAACAGUGAACUGUGCAGUCAUUUUUACAGAUUUACCAAGCGAAUAUGACUGUAUACCUUCUGAUGAAGUUAAUAUUUGUAUAUACAGUAUAACUCUUCUUAGGGUAGAAAAUAUUAUUUUGUUUACUGCUGACACUGUGAGCAGCCAUGUUACUUUGACGUCAAUUGAUGAACUCGUGAUUGAGAUUAUUGUCUUGUCUAUAUGAGUAGGUAGUGUGAGUAGAGAUGAUUUUUUUUUUUUCAUUGUCUGAGGUCUGACAUUUCAAGUUACUGUUUUAUACAACGUUUAGUGUAGCAAUGCCCCCUAGUGGACCGUUAGAGAGUUUUAUAAACACAAAAAAAGGAAAUAGAGAAGCAUGAGGACUACCGCUGCAUGGAUGCUACAGGCCAAAGUCGGGCCAUGGAAGGAAUCUAGUCAAUCUAGUCAAGUUUUAUAAACCAGGAGAGAAAAUACGUUAUACAAUGGCAGAAUCUGAACAAAAAUACACUCCUUUGUUUUUAUUCCAAGUAUAAUUUAUUUAGAUAUUAUAUUAUCUUUUUAUUAACUUGCAUGUAAACACUGUUUAUUAAUUAAGUGAUGAUUUAGUGUUUUCCUGCUGUAGACAACAGACAUCUUGCUCCUAAUGUAUGCUAGCAAACAACAGAUAAGCAUUCUUUGUAUUUAGAUGUUAUAUGUAAAUGCAACACAUAUUAGAUUUUCUCAAUUCUACGUGUAAAUUAACGUUAAAAGACCAAAUCCAAACUAUUCUCUUAUAUGUUUUGACACCAGACCUAGCGCACAUGUAGUGUGACUUUCUGUAGUUUCCCGCUUACAAUUUUCACCCCUACUACAAUGAUCUCAUAUUUACAGUCUGAUUGAAAAAUGCAAGAAAAAAAUAUAAACGUUCCAUCUUCUCCUGUCAUGAGCAAACUCUUAUUAAAUGUAAAUAGAGACAUUAGGAGGGACAAAAAGGUUUUAAAGGAUGUAGCUAUGAUUGUUGGUGUUAUGGUGAGUUUAUCUAGCUAGCUCAAUUUGCUAAUUGCAUCAGUGAACAUGGCUAGCAACACAAAGGCGAGACCAUUACAUGUGAAUAAAACAACCAUGAUUGUUUUAUUUAUAAUUAAGUAGAAAGCUUUAGGCACUUUGUCUAGCUGUUAGCCAUUUUUUUUAUUUAUCUGAACUGAAAAAAGUAGCAGUCUCUACACAAGCAUUUGUGACAUCUAAAGUUAUAUUGUCUGUCUCUUUACGCUAAUGCUUGUUUUAUGCUUCUUUUUGCUAGCCAACCUGGAAAUGUUGAUAAUAUUUCAGAUAAGCAAUAACGUUCUGGCUCUUCCUUGCUUUGAAAGUGAACAUGAAUAUUGUCUCCUGUGUAAAAAGAAAACAAAAAAAUCUUUACACUGAUACUGGUUUCAUUUUACACAUUUGCUAUUGUUUUAUCUGAAUAGUUUGAUUGGAAAUCUGAAUGAGUUAGCUAAAAGGUGUAGUAAGAGAUCUCUUUGGAAUAAAGAUAUAGAAUGUGACCAUCACACAAUGUUGGAAAUAACCGUUACACCUGCAAUUACUGAUUUAAUGGCCUCUGUUAUAUUUACUUAAAAAAAAAAAAAAAAUUAUUUUAGCUGUUUCACACUCUCAGCUAAUCAGGUCACAUGUUUGUAUUAACCUUAUAAAUCAAAUGCAAACAUUGCCUGUUUAUAGCUGCCUUAUAAACUAUAUUCAAGCAUAAGCCUUUACCAGAAUAUCUGUAAAUGAUACAAAACGUAGCCUCAUUCUUAUUGUGUCUAAAUGUUUUUGUGUUGUUUAAUUGUCUUUCUUUGUUCCUUUAUAUACAUUUAAAUUUAAAUAUAGCUAUGACAGUAUUUAAAACUUCAUUAUAGCUUUUCACUUCAGAGUUUGCUUUUUUUAAGUUACAAUAUGUAGAUUUUUUUGUUGAGGAUUAAAAAAAAAUUGGCAGUAAAUAUAUAUGUUAUAUAGUAGUUUAUUAAAACCUUUUAAAAUCUUUUUUGCACUUUCACUAAAGCUAGCAUGACCUAGCAUGACUUAAUAUCAGCUAAAUAGUCAAUUAGUGAUUAACUGCACACCUGGAGUGUUUGAUUUCACUUUUGCCACAUCAACCAUGAUCAUACCUUUUCCUGUCGGUGAAUGAGUGGUACAGGUGUAAUAGUGUUACCAUUAUCACUCCCUUAACGUGAAUCUGUUUGUUAUGUGCUGACACUGGAGUCAAAAUGUUAAA